CGCCGCCGAGCGGAAUGUGACCGGGCGGCCGCUUCACAGACGUCCAGGUGCUGGGACCACGUCCGCGACCCUGCCUGCCUGCCGUUAUCUCUUAACUUCCACCAACACAUCAGCACUACCUGGCCGACGGCCAUAUUAACGCGCUCGACUGGAGCUCUGCCACAUUUCCCUCCUCGGCUCGGCGCUGCAGCGGCGUGGAGACUGGACGUGAACCGGGAUCGUAGUGGCUCUGCUGUCAGAAGUGAAGUCUUCACAAUGAAGACCGGGGUUAUCCUGCUCCUGCUCGCCGCUCUCACUUGCGUUGCGGCGCAAAACGAGCAAAACGAAGUUGAGGAUCUGCAAGUGGAGACGCUGGUUCAGCCCGAAACUUGCUCCCUGCUUUCCCAGAUGGGAGACACCCUGCAAAUCCACUACACGGGUAAACUUAUGGAUGGCAAGGUGAUAGACUCGUCACUCUCCCGGGAUCCACUUGUUGUUGAGCUGGGGAAGAAGACGGUCAUUCCCGGUCUGGAGCAAAGCUUGCUGGGUGUCUGUGAAGGACAGAAAAUCAAGGCCAGCAUUCCAUCACACCUUGCUUAUGGAAAAAGAGGAUACCCUCCCACAAUUCCAGGUGACGCCGCCCUGGAGUUUGAGGUGGAGGUCGUUUCUCUGACGCAGCAAACUCCCUGGCAGAAACUGGUGAAUGACGUGUUUCCGUUAGUGUGCCUGGUCCUGGUGCCCACCAUGCUAGCCCUAGUGGGCUACUAUCUCUACAAAAAGGCCAACGCCCAGCAUCCCAGCAAGAAGAAAGCGAAGGAUAAGAAGAGCAAGAAGAAAUAAGCACGGGGCGCCACAUUAUUUAAAUAAAACUGACAAAAA